UCUGCUGUGACCAGCCAUAAAUCUCUUAUCUUUCUCCUCCUCUGGAAAACGCUGUUCAGUCUCUUUAAAACAGAGCAGAUAAGUUUGCUGCUGAACAACACUAGAGUAUAUUAAGACCUCGGAAAGCCCUGUGUUCCGGACUUGGACUUAUAAUCAGCGCUGUUAUGGAUGGACCCUGGAUCAGGAUCUGCUCUUUGACGCUCACCACAGUUUUCCUUCAAGAAGUAGCAGCUCUGAACCUGAGGAACGAGCUUUUGGGAAAGUGUGUGCAAGUUCAGGAUGUAGAAGGCAACGGAAAAUUGACUUUGGACGAGUGUAAACCAGGUUCUGCCUUUCAAGAAUGGCAGUGGAACCCUAUGACACGCUCCUUGAGAAACCCAAACACAGGAAAAUGCUUGAGAGCUCACAAGAUCCAAGAUCAGGGAACAGUGGGUCUGUUAGAAUGCAGAGCCGAAGAUAAUGAGACUCAGGUCUGGAGUUGCUCAAAAAAGGGCCAUCUCACAUUGUAUGGAAAGGGCUUCCAUUUGAGUGUGCGCCAUGACUCCUCUGAUAUCUUCCUUUCCACGGAGCGAGGGAAAAGUACCAAGUGGAAGACACUGAAUGAGCGAAUGGUGUGUGAGGAACCACAGAAAAAGCCUGAGAAGAUGGAACCAAAAAUUAUUGCUAAAAUUCGCCUGUGGCAGCCUCAAGUAAAUCUGGAAUUGGAUGCUCCAAAACCUACAGAGCCUUUACACUUUACCACUGCAUUUUCUCACUCAAACAGUAGCACUGAUUUGGGGGAACCUGGUAUAUUUGUGUACGGAAUGGAAUGGAAGGUGACCAUGCUGGUCCUGAGCUCCCUUGCCCUCAUCACUGGGAUGGUCAUCCUCUUUCUUAACAUCUAUCAAAAUAGCCGGAGGAAAACUGUUGUGGUUCUUAAGUCAUACACAUCCAAUAAUGAAGCCAGUCAGCCCGGCUCACCGGUGUCCAGUGAAAAAGCUCCCCUCACCAAACAUCCCAUGAAACCACCUCGUUCUCCGUCCAUUCAGCGUGGAGAGAUCCUGAUUGAAUGGAAGGACGGCACUGUUACUCCACUAUUUGACACCUACCAAACCUCCUAAGGUGCCACCCAAGGCAUGGAGGCUUUUUGCACCGUGAAUGCUGCUAUACUCCAAAAGCUGUUAUAUGAACCAUUUUUUCUGCUUUUCACACUAAUGCAUUGUGCAGCUCUUAAGAAUGUACAGCUAUUGAUGUUCCUUCAUGCAUAGUAUUAUUAGGUUGCAUAAUGCAUGACUGCUGCCCACAGAAAUUGUAAAAACAAUCAUAAUGACUGAUCUUCUCAAUUAGAAAAACAUUUAUCUCUCAUCUUCCAUUUCAAAAUGUUAAAAGCGUAAUCAGUUGGUGUUAGGGUGAAAAUGCAUAAAUGGGUCUGUGACCAGUGUUUAGAUGUGUUUUUUAUUGUGUGGGAAAGAGUUUUGCAGUUCACAACAGAAGACGUUACUCUACAGCAUAAUUAAAAAAGGUUUCAGGAAAAAACAAUUUUGUUAUGAUACUGUUAUGUUAGGGAGUUUCCAUGGCAUCCACCUCUGCACAAAAAUGGCUAAAACAAUGAAAUUCUUAAGUAAGCAGCAAACUUCUGUGCCAAAUUUCUGUACAUAAUUUGCGGAAGCAAUUAAGCAAACAGGGAUUAAACAAGUCACACCAGAGUGGUGCAAAAGUCUUUUUGACUUGAAGAUUAAAGGACUUUAUACUAAAUAUUGACUGUUGUAUAGCAAUCUCAUGGCAAGAAAUAACAAAUUAUUCUUAAUAACUUGAUUUUUAAAUAGAGAAUUUUUUUUACAUUUGACAACCACUGUAGAUCAAGGGAUGAGAUGCUACAUGAUUAAGCAGUGCUAGGAAACGUAAACAGAAACGAAUUCCUGAAGAGAAAAAAAAAACAGCUUGUGUGCAUGAGGGAUUUGUUUUGCCUGAUCAGCUGUGUACAAGUCCGAACACGCACCGAAGCAUAAAUUACUAAACAAGUGAUUCUAGUUAGGGUUAAUGCAAAGAGUUUUACUUCUUCAGGCGUACAAAUCUGCACCAGUUCCAACCUGCCAUGCUGCAGCGCUUUUGUCUCAAUUAUAAAUUAGACUAGGUGUAGCCACUCUGUUAGGGAGUUAACAUGCAGACCUUUUGUGUUAGUGUGAGAAACUGAUCCAAGCUAAAACCACUGGCUCUUAUAUUUCAGAAUGUAGUAAAUAUUAAUACUAAGCCUAUGUGUCAGCGUGUUAUUUUUCUCUACAUUAAAUUUACUGUAUUGAACAUGUUCUUGCUUGUGUCUUUAAAACUUAUCUUUCAAAAACAAAUCAGUCUAUUAUGUCUCUUUUUAAAGCCUAAUUCCUCCUUUAUUGUACUGAUCUUUAUAAAUACAGAACUUUUUCAUCCAACUGCAUGACUUCUUGGUGUCCAAUUGCGAAGUUAUAGUUUAUUUUUAUUUGGAUUUUUUUUUUGUGUGUUUCAUUUGCUCUGUAUGCACAAGAGUUGAAUCUGACUAGUUGGAAAAGUUGAUACCUACCCGGUAUCAGUAUUGAGUUUAAGUGUUCUAUAAACGGAAAAACUGUAUUUCUGAAUGUUUUUGUUUUUAGAAUGUUGGUUAAGAUUUAUGCACACCACCUUCUUCACUCGGUAUUUGGACAUAAUUCAGACCCUUUAAAAAGAAUCUUAUUUUCAGUGAACAUAACCUAAAUUUAUUUAUAGACUUAUAUUUUGUAGUAUUUUUUAAAUCAAAUUUUAUCUAGUUUGUUUAGAUUUUUUUUUCAAGACCUAAGGGAAACAUAGCUAACAGUUUUGACCCUCUAGGGCUUAUUAAUAAGACUAAGAUAAA